AUGGAUACGCCUCGCGACGCCUCCGCUUGCACACCGCGUCGGGGCCACAAGCAGGCCCGGAGCAUGGCCAUCAAUGUUUUGUCACUCGCUGGCGAGGCGAUCGCCCGAGUGUCUGCAGACCCGCUUAGCAGCGUACGGGAACUGAAGCAGCAGAUUUGGGCGCUGGGUGGUCCGGAGGUCAGGCAGCUUCGUCUCAUGCUGGGAACUGCUCAACUCCAGGACGAGGCAAGGCUCGACCAGACUGGCCUUGCUGACGGCUCAGACAUCGUGGCCCUUGUCGUCCCGGAGGAUGAGACAAAGAAUUACAUGCGCACGGUCGUCCGUUGUCGGCCACUACGCACCGAGGAGGAGCAAGAGCCUGGAUUCGAUCUGGAUCUGGACAGGGGUCUGGUUUCUGUGCGGCUCCGCGAGUUCCAGUGUUCGGAUAUUUUCGACGAGAGCGUAUCGCAGGCCGAAGUCUUCGAGCGCCUUGGCCGGGACUUGACUCAACACGUCCUCGAAGGCUACAACGCAACGGUUCUUUGCUAUGGGGAAGGUGGCGCGGGAAAGUCGUACACCCUUUUCGGCCCUUCUCCCGACUUGGUGCAUGCGGCUGCGGAGCAAGGCCUCGCACCGCGAGCGUUUCGCUAUGUCCGCGACGAGCUUCGCGAUCUGCUUGCAGCGGAUCCGAAAUGCUCUUUGCGAGUGCAUGAAGGGCAGAUGAUGGUUGAAGGUGGCGUCGACAUUGCAGCUGCAAGUUUGAAGGACCUACAAAGGCUUUAUGACCACGGCCUUUGCCGCAGCUGCACCAAUCCCCGCAAUGGCAGUGUGGACUCUGGAUCUGCCUUCACGAUUCUCCGAUUGACCAUCCGAUCCCGCAGUGGGAGCGGACAUCCCUGCGUAAGAAGGCUCACGCUGGUGGACUGCGCCAGUUCGCAUCGGCGCUCCAAAAGCGAGAAAGACAUCGAGCAGAUGCGCAAUGCGAGAUACGUUGGCAAAAACCUCGGAGCGCUGCACGACGUGAUUUCCGCUCUGGCGCCGCCCAGCCCCCAUGUGCCGUACCGGAACUCGUGUGUCACGCGUCUUUUGAAGGAGUCACUUGGAGGCAAUGCGAAGAUGGUCUGCAUCGCAAACCUGCGGCGGUCCGCCUCCCACACGGCCGAGACUUUGUGCACGCUUCAGUUUGUUUCUCGUGUGCAACACGCCGAGAACCAGCCUCUGAGCUUGAGCAGCCACUGCCCCGAGGAGAGUUUGCUUCUCGAGGAGGCCACGUGGAUCUCAGCAUGUCAGGAAAAAGAGGGCGAAGGACUUGGCACCUGA